AUGAAUCUAAGCGACGAGGAACAGUGCAAGGCCGAGCACCAUCGCAAGCCAAACGGUGCACGCACACGGAAGAAAAUUAGGACUAUAAGGAAGAAACGGAGUGAGUCCAGCUUCAGCAGUACAGAACAUGUACAAGUUCGGAUGUCCAUUGCAAGCGAUGCCUUAGACCCUAAGCCAUCCGAGGUAAAUUCAGACGAAGAAGUGAAUAUGGACGUUAGUUAG